AAUCGCAGAUUCGUUUGAAAGUUUAUAUAACCUAAAUUGUUGUAAUUUUAUCUGUUCAUUAUCAAACAAAACUGAUUGAAAUUCGAUUUUUGUAUUUUGUUAAGGUUUCUUUAAUCUAGAAAACUACGAUAGGCCUACUCCACUCGUAUGAUGAAGAUUACAGAAAACAAAACAGCUGAUCUCAUUGUAGAUUGUGGCGAGUUACAUACCCUUGUUAGAUCAACUCUUCUAUUGUGAGUCUCGUUUAGUUAAAAAUCUGAUGCAAGCGGAAUCACCGAGUUUUUAUCGGAUUUCCUAGAAUAUUGUCGCCAGUAUUUCCAAUCUAUAAUAGAAAAUCACCUCAGAGUUUCUGUAUUUAUUUGCCAAGUGAAAAAACAAAUUUUCAAUCAUGGACGAGGAUGAAAUGAAGCCCUUUGACUCCAGUAUGAAGAAGAAGAAGAAAAAAAAGAAGACUCCCUUCGAUCCAGAUUCAGUUAUGGGUGGGGAUGUUGUUGAUGCAGAACCCGCGACAGAUGGCGCCCCUUCAGCACAGGCCGAGUCCUCCACACCACAAGAAGAACAACCAGACAAGAUAGAUGAUGAUUUCUCACUGGAAUUUGGAGGAUUAAAAAAGAAGAAGAAAAAGAAGAAGCCAACAGAUGAAAAUACUGAACCAUCAGCCGAAACAGAAACCACUAGCAGCUCACAACCAGAUGUAGUGGAUGAUUUCGAUGACUUUUCAUUAGAUUUGGAUUCUAAAAAGAAAAAGAAAAAAUCAGGAAAAAAAGUUGUUUUUGAUGAUGAAGAAGAUGAGUUGAAUAAAAAGAAGUCAGAAGAAGAUGGAGAAAGUAAAUCAUGGAGUGGAACAGAUCGAGAUUAUACCUAUGAUGAGUUACUACAGAGAGUGUUUGACAUCAUGAGAGAAAAGAAUCCAGAGAUGAUAUCAGGAGAAAAAAAGAAAUUUGUCAUGAGACCACCACAAGUUUUACGAGUUGGUACACGAAAAUCUUCUUUCGCUAAUUUUACAGAUAUUUGUAGAUUAUUACAUAGACAACCAAAACAUGUUUUAGCAUUUUUACUAGCAGAAUUGGGUACAAGUGGAUCUGUAGAUGGAAAUAAUCAGUUGAUUAUAAGAGGAAAAUACAACCAGAAACAGAUUGAAAAUGUUUUAAGGAGAUAUAUCAAAGAGUAUGUUACGUGUCAUACCUGUCGGUCUCCCGAUACGUUACUUCAGAAAGAUACGAGGUUAUACUUCUUACAGUGUGAAACGUGUGGCUCUCGAUGUUCCGUCGCCAGCAUCAAAUCAGGUUUCGUUGCCGUGACAGGGAAACGUGCAGCUAUUCGUGCAAAGACUACAUAAACUCUCUUCUCAUUGGGUGUAUGAAUACAUGUAUUAUUAUUGUGAUUGUUACAAACUCUUCUAUUGGUCAGUAAGGAUUGUUACAAGACGUCUGAUUGGAUGUGCUAUAUUACCCAAAUUUAUGACUCAAAAUUUUGAAUCGUUACUAAUUUCACACUUGAUUGGACCAGUCUCGUAAUUAGUCCUAAUUUAAUAUAUUUGAAAUUACAAGGUGUCAAUCUAUUUAACAACCAAUACUGAUUAACAAGUAUUUGAUUUCAGCCUAGAAAAGGGAUACAGGAAUCUGUGAAGAGUUCUUUCAGAUGUGUAAACUAUAAAUAAGGGGUCUGUACUCUCUGUCGCUUAUUGUUUCAUGAUUUGUAUUUUGGUGUCAAAAUUGACAUAGGCCUUAUUUUUAGCAUCAAUUCACAGUUGUUGAUCAAUUUUGACUGCAAGAAAUUUUUUACAUUUGUGGAUUUUGGCGCUGUUAACUGAUAUUGGAAAUAAAUGCAGUAAGAUGAAAAUAAAAGACAAAUUUCAAACAGAUCCUUAUUUCUUUUGUUAAGAGUUGAUGUUUUUUUGUUAUUAAUUUGGAGGUUUUGGGUGAUAAUAGAAAUAUCAAAUUGAUGUGAUGAUUGUUUUAUUUAACUGUUUAUUUUCUUUUUGAGUUUUUGAUUCAUUUUUUUCUUCAUCAUUUCAAAUUUAAUCUGAAAGUUUCAAAUUAUCAGUAAUAGUGCUUUUGUUUAAAUUUUUUUUAGAUAUUCAAAGAAGUAUUCUGGAAUUUGAAAAUAACGGAAAUACCCUUGAAAUUGACAAAAAAAAAUUUCAUCUUCAUUCAAAUACUAAUAUAAAUACAAUUGUAAAAAGUAUUUUAUAAAAAUAUUAUGUCAUU